ACUCUCAUUCCGAUCUGUAAAGCGUACAGGUACAACAUCUGGUGAGCAGGACAGCUGCAAAGACAUGAACAUCCUCUGUUAUGGGCUUCUGGUGUUCCUGUUGUAUCCCGGUCUGCCAGACGCAGGGGCUUUGGUUGCCAUUUGUCCAUUUAUAAGGCAUUAUGAAGAGCUGUCAUAUGACAGGGAAGCCGUGCACCAGCAACACGAGCGGUUCCGGCGAGAAAUACUCCCUCGGAGUCAUGUGGUAAUGCUGGACUUCAAAGCAUUUUACAGGACCUUCCGUUUACGUCUGAAACGAGACACAACAGAGUUUUCAGAUAAUUUCAAGAUACACAUAAGAAACGUAUCUAGGGUUGCAGACCUCUCUCACAUAUAUUCAGGACAUCUUGAAGGUGAAGAGGGAUCAUCGUGUUAUGGAUCAAUCAUUGAAGGCCAGUUUGAUGGCUUCAUCCAGACUGAAAAUGGAACAUAUUACAUAGAACCUCUUGACAGAUACUCCACCAGACCAUCAAGCAACCACUCGAUUAUUUACCACGGAGAUGACAUAGACUUGUCUCCUGUGGGGAGAAGCCACCAGGGCUUCUGCGGCAUGGAGCACCUGAAACACUUUGCCCAGAGCCUCGGCCAGGAGGAUGUCCCCGAGGGGGAACCUGUUUCCAGGUCAAAGAGGACAGUGGACUACUCUAAAACCACCUGUUACCUCUACCUUCAUGUCGACUACCUGUACUUCAAGAAGUUUGGCAGUGCGGAAGCUGUAAUCGCUCAGAUUGGCUCCUACAUGAAUGCGGUGAAUUAUAUCUAUAGCAAGGUAGACUUUGACGGCAUCCGACUGAUCAACUUCAAAGUGAAAUUCCUCAAUAUCAGUUCUGUAGAAGACCCCAGUAGUCUGCUCUCCCAAGCCUUCAUUGGCCCAGAGAAGCUGCUGAGCCUUUUCUCAGAGGAGAACUGGGAUGACUACUGCCUCUCGUACCUGCUGACCAACCGUGAUUUCAGCGGUGUGCUGGGAUUGGCUUGGAAUGGCAUGCAAGGAAACUUGGGAGGGAUCUGCUCCAAGGUUAUGAUCGUAAACGGAGGGAAAAUGACCCGGAACACAGGACUGAUCACGCUGCAGAAAUAUGGUGACCAGCUCACCCCCAGGCACAUCCAGCUCACCUUGGCCCAUGAGUUGGGUCACAGUCUUGGAGCUCCUCAUGAUGUGGGCUCAAACUGUGGGGACCAGGGGUCCACUGGAGACAAAGGGAGGUACCUUAUGUUCCCCUACGCCACAACCAUGAUCCGGGAGAACAACGACAAGUUCUCGCCCUGCAGCAUCAAGCACAUCAGUAGCCUGCUGAAAGUGAAGAAGGAUGAUUGCUUUGUGGUAAGCGAUCAGCCUAUCUGUGGAAAUUUCAUCGUGGAGGAAGGAGAGGAGUGUGACAUUGGCCACAAUGAAAGUGACCCAUGUUGCUACUCUGCCAACGAGCCAAGGACAAUCCAGUGUCGCCUGAAGCAUGGCAAGAUUUGCAGCCCCAGCCAGGGCAUGUGCUGCAGCCCCAGCUGUCUGUUCAAGCCAUACGGCAUCACCUGCGAGGACGAGUCUGAGUGUCGUUUUGCAAGCCAGUGCUCUGGAACCGCAGCUGCGUGUCCUACUCCGGGCCCCAAGCCCAACAUGACGACCUGCAGCUUGGAGACACGGGUGUGCUUUGCUGGGGAGUGUGUCCAGUCGCUGUGUGUGAAGUACGGACUGGAAUCCUGUGACUGCCUGUCAGAGUCCAUGACAGAGAAAUGCCACAUGUGCUGCCAGCAGCCCGGUGAACCGAACACCUGUGCAAGCACCAUGUCCUCGGUGCUCUCACAGUUCUUCCAGGGGAAACGUUUAGCACUAGUGGCUGGGACUCCCUGCUCGGACAAGCAGGGCUACUGUGAUAAAUUCCAUGCGUGUCGCUUGCUGGAUGCCGAUGGCCCCAUUGCAAGGCUCAAAAAUGCCUUCCUGCAUCUGGAUGGCUUUGAUGACCUUUCUGAGUGGAUGAAGGCUUACUGGUGGGCCAUCCUGCUGGCCAUCCUUGCUGUAUUUGCUGUGAUGGCUGGCACUGCCCUUUUGUGUGGACAGCCCUUAGAGGGGAUGGAAACGUAUGAGGCCCCGGUGGACCCAUUCUUUCCUGAAGACCCAUUUGCUCCUGGAGAAUGAAGAUGAAGCAUUCUGAUGCAUGCCAGAAAUGGUUGUGUUGAGCACAGCCUGAAGCACCACAAGCAGAAGGCCACUCUCUGAUGGCACAGGACAAUGUUCUGCGCCACUUUCACAUUUUGGGUCUUUUGUAAUUCUACUCUUUUGCAUGCAGUCCUUGUUUGGUCAUGUGCUUUCAGUCCUGCUGCUUAUUCUGUGAAAUGUCUAGCUAAAAAGAGUGCAUUUGGAGCUCCUCAUUUUUUUUCA